UUUAUGGGAAAAAACUGAUUUCACUCUUUCAUUAUUUUCUGGCGUUUUUGAUCGUUUUCAACUGACUACAUUUUAUUUCUUGGUUGCCAAAAUAUUUUCCUCGUGCAGUCGUUACCUCUUUCUUGUGAGGAGAGGGCUUCUGCUUAAUCUAGUAAACCGUAGAUCUUAUCUUGUAUCUGGCAAAGUAAAUAGGCGAACGUGAAUGGAGGCAUGAUCUAAUUGUAAUUUGAGUUAACGCAGCAAUAUGCACUGUUAAUCUGGAAUUACGGUUUUCAUUGGCUAGACGGAGGGGAAAAAUUCAAUUAAGGUUACUUAGUUGCAACGAUUUUUGUUUACUCAAACCAACGGCAAUCGUUAAAAGAAAAAUAUCACAGUCAGGAUGCAAAUCGUAGUUUUGAAGCGUAUAUUUUGGUGUUCAAUAAUCUUCGUUAACGUGACCGUUAUUUCAACAACGUUAACCUUACAAAACGAUCACACCAUGAAUUCUUCGACAUUGCAACCCAUGGAAAACAGCUUUAAAGGCUUUUCCGUGUCACAUAAAAUUCGUCAGUAUGAAAUGGAAGAUGUCGUGCUGUGUCUUGAUUCCUUGUUUAACGUCAAGAAGCAUUCCAUUCAUAUUGCUUUCCUUGGCGACUCUCUCAUCCGGAAUCAGUUCUUGAGCUUUACUUCGUUGAUUCCUAACUACGAUCGAAACCUGCCGCUCCACCUAAAAGAAUACGAGUCUCAUUUUCAUGAAAAUCGAAACAUGCACAGUCCACUUUUAAACGACCUACUAGUUUCUUUUCGAUGGCGAGCUUUAGUAAAUGACGAAUUGCUAACUGAUUUCAGAAUGUGGAAUAUGCAUACUGUAGAUGAUCAUGGAACACCGGAUUUCAUUUUUUUGGGAUCAACAGCUCACAAUAUGUUACAGAACAGUAAAAAGACAUACAUGGAAAAAAUAGAAACAGACUUGUUGCCAGUACUUCAAAAUUUUUUGAGAAUUCAUCCGAGGAAGCAAAUAUUUUGGGUAAUUCAAAGCCCAACAACAGAUAUGUUGAGACCCAUUUCUGGACCUAACAAUCAUAUUAUUCACAAUACAAAAAUUGAUCAAUACAAUUCUAUUAUACGUACGAUAUUCAAGGGUACACGAAUUGCUGUAUGGGAUUCACUGCUUCCCGCCAUCGAGGAGUACAUACGCAGUUGCUUCCUCGGACAAUUUUACCAGUACGAUGUUAAUGGAUAUAAACUAUGUGAUGACUUUAUUCAUCCCGGACACCAAGUUCUAUCAAUGGGUAGUCAUUUAAUUCUUAAUUUUAUUUGUACCCAUAACAAUAAAUACAAGGAGCUGGAAGGUUUCGCUGAUGCUUUUUUGUCAUAAGAAAAGGUAAGAGCUAUAUGAUUGGCUGGUCGUUCGAUUUGAAACUAGCUUUUUUAAAUUUUAUUUUUGGCCUGGCUAAAAUAAAAAAGAAUCGCCAUUAAGGGAUAUAAUCCUAAUAUCCUUCCAGUAACAUUUAAAUUUUCUAUUAUACUUUCAAUUCUGGUUUCCAUGUUCUUCCUACUUUUCGCCUACCAUUCGUGAUAGUACCAAAGCCGUAGAUAAAUAGUAAAAAAUUUUCGUGCCAAUUCUUUGGUAGCAAUCGCUAUCUUUUUGAACGAAAACCAUCGAUUUUUCAAAAGUAAGAUAAAGUAGAUCUUCACAAUAUGUCCCAUGUGCAUUUGAUUAUGUACUAUACAUGAGUAAAAAAAAGAGAAAACAGAAAGUUCUUCACUGUUAAAAAGGGUACCACUUAUUUGGGGUUGCCAACCCCGAAAAAUGUGAAGAUGUACGAAAUUUUGACUUUUUUCGAAAAUUUCGGGGUUUUAACUACUAUUCACCUUUUUUCAUUUUUAAAGCAAAUUUUUUGGACAAAAAACCCCAAAAUUUCUAGCCUCAAAAAGGAUAACACAUUUUACAAGAAACAACGUAGGUAGGGGAGGGUGGGGCUAGUUGGUACAAUUCUUUCAAUUUCUUCUCUGGUUUCUUUAAUUUUUCAUAUUUUGACACCAA